AAUUUACCAUGUCUACAGAUAAAGCAAAUUAAAGCAGAAAAUUCAAAUAUCACUACGAUGAUGGAUUUUGUUCUCUUGGGGUUUUCUGAUACUCCCAAUCUCCAAUGGAUUCUGUUUGGUGUAUUUUUAUUCAUAUACUUGACUGUCUUGGUGUGCAAUAGCAUCAUAAUACUAAUUAUAAAAACCGACCCUGCUCUCCACACACCCAUGUACUUUUUCCUUGGCAAUUUUUCUUUUCUGGAAAUCUGUUAUGUAACAGUAACUAUCCCAAGAAUGCUCAUGGACCUUCAGACUCAGAAAGGACAUAUUUUGUUCCUAGCCUGUGCUACACAGAUGUGUUUUAUCCUGAUGCUUGGAAGCACAGAGUGUCUCCUCUUGACAGUGAUGGCUUAUGACCGCUAUGUGGCCAUUUGUAACCCUCUCCAUUAUGCUCUUGUGAUGAACCACAAGGUCUGCAUCCAGCUGGUGGCUGCCUCCUGGAUCACUGCAGUUCCAGGAGCCAUUGGACAAACAUGGCAGAUUUUCUCUUUGCCUUUUUGUGCAUCUCACACAAUCAAUCACUUGUUCUGUGACAUACCACCAAUACUUCAACUUGCUUGUGGGGACACAUUUGUGAAUGAGAUAGCAGUCUAUGUAGCUGCAGUGUUGUUUGUUAUGGUUCCAUUUCUGUUGAUUGCUGUAUCCUAUGGUAAAAUUAUCUCCAACAUUCUAAAAUUGUCAUCAGCCAGAGGGAGGUCUAAAGCCUUCUCCACCUGCUCUUCUCACCUGACCGUUGUAGUGUUAUUCUAUGGGACAGCCACCAUCUCUUAUUUACAACCCAAACCAAAUCACUCUGAAAGAAUGGGGAAGUUAAUCUCUCUUUUUUACACUGUUUUCAUCCCAACUUUGAAUCCCAUCAUAUAUACACUGAGGAACCAAGAUAUCACAAUGGCACUGAGAAAACUACUAGCUCAGUUAUUAUCAUGA